AUGAAUAUAAAAAUAACCACUUUUACGAAUCCUUUUUCAUUUUUUUGUGUGAAUGAAGAUUAUAGGAAACAUAAUAAUUAUUUGACACUUGAAUCUGAAUCGGAUCUCGGUAAAAAUUCCACAAAUACGAGUAAAAUUGGAAAAAUAAACCACGGCCAACAUGUUGCUGUCAUGUGGAACAAAAACUGGGCUCGUGGUGUUGUUUCAAUGGAAAAUCAAGUUUUGAUCUGGUUGCUAGAUUACGGAAUAUUUUUACGUCCAAAUGAUAAAACAAUAUACGUAGAUCUUCCUAUAGAGUACAGAAAAUUACCAACUAAAGUAUUCGAAGCCAGUAUUCACGGCGUUGUUCCAGUAGAUAAAGUACUAACAGAAGAUUGUCAAAUAAGGAAUUUUGUAACAACAACUUGGACUAAGGGUUGCAUAGAAAGAUGUCAGGAAAUGAUUAAAAAUGCAGCAACAAUAUUUUUUCAGCCUAUUGCUCUCUUAACAACAUCUCAUAAUCAUGUGGUCAUUGGAGAUUUAUUUCUUGAAAUAGAAGAAAAAGGAAUUGUUAAUAUAAUAGAUGAACUUGAAAGUUGGCCAGUAUUUCUAGAGAGAAAUAAAGAAGCCUAUGUCACUAAUUUUAUGAAACUAUAUACCAGUCGAAGGAAACACCGCUUGUGCUCACUAAAACCAGAAAUACCUGAUUUUGAUUUAGCAGAAAUAACACUUCAAACAACAUUAGAAGAAUACAAUGAGAUAUUGGAAAAAUGUCCUAAAUUAGAAAACUUUUUAGAAACAGAUUCAUUAUCUGGAGACGACAGCACUGUAGUAGAAUCGGUGGCACCAACCAAAGAUAAAAGUGCUUACAAAAUAUCUCCAGAAGACAUUGAGAAAUAUGCUAACAAAUAUGUAAUAAUAAAUGGUUGUAAGUAUAAUGUUUUAAGUAUUUUAAUAAACAAAGCUCGGGACCUAUCUAUCUGUGAGCGCUAUAAGGAUCAUGAUCUUAAAUCUGUUGGUAGAGGUUAUUCUUAUAGAAACAGUUUUUCUUAA